AUAUGCAGACAUCGUCGCCAUGAUGUCUCGUUUUGGAGCAAUAUCAACAUAUAAACUGGUUCUCUGUCCAUAUACUCAUGAUCGUUUAGGUUUUAGGGCCUAGGGAAAGAUACCAAGACAUUAUACACAAAACAGAACUACAUAUAGUUUUCUUUUCUUCCUAGUAGCAACUGCAUAGUGACUAAAUUUAUAACGAAAAUAUGGAGAGUUUGAUUUUUUUAUUUGUACGAAUAAGUAAGAGAUCGACUUAAUUUCAUAAGAGGACCAGUAAAACUUGACAGAUGCAAAGUUCAGAUAAACCCAUUUUGGAGAGUUUGAAUUUGUUCUACCAUGAUUCUGAAGUAUCAGGUGAAUGGGAAUCCCCACAACAGGGUUCUGAUGACGUCCAAUGUCUAUUUUGUCCAGAGAGAUUUAGCAUUACCAGUCAGAAAGACGAACUUCUGAAGCAUUUUGCGGUGUUUCACAAAUUUGUGAUCGGUGAUGUUAACCUCAUUACUGAUCUAAAGAAGUACCUCACCUAUUGGAGGCAACGUUUUUCAGAAGAGGAUCUAAAAACGUUUUGUUCAGUAAUAUCUACAAACAACAAAAAUGAUGUGAAAGAAUCAUCAGAGCAGUAUUACUUACUGUGUGAUGUCCUUGCUGAAGAUAAAACACUACGGGAAUUUUUACAGAAAAAAAAACUAGAGAGAGUUUUGGCACAACAGCAGAAGGAAAGGGAGGACAAAGGUUUCUGUCAUACCUGUCUGUUUUGUAAGGAGCAGUUCACAGGCAACAGGACAGACAUGUUUGAUCACAUGACCCAUGAUCAUGGAUUCAGUGUUGGGCUUCCAGACAAUUUGGUGUACACAGAUGAACUCCUGGAUGAUUUACAAGAAAAACUAGACAAUCUGCAGUGUUUGUACUGUGAGCGUACAUUUAAAGACAAGACAGUACUAAAGGAGCACAUGAGGAAAAAACAACACAAAAAAAUCAACCCAAAGAACCGGAAGUAUGACAGGUUCUACAUUAUCAAUUACCUGGAGAUGGGCAAAAGUUGGGAGGUAAUCCAGGCAGAACCAGACGAUGAGAUGGGGGAGGAAAACGAAACGGAUGAUGAUGAAAGCUGGGGAGACUGGGAGGAAGUGGGCUCACAGGCUGUCUGUCUGUUUUGUGAAUUCUCAUCUUGUGUGGCUGACAAACUCUCGGCUCACAUGCAGGAACUACACGACUUUGAUUUGAAGGAAGUAAAGCUGCGACUCAACUUAAACUUUUACCAGCAAAUAAAGUUGAUCAACUUCAUGAGACGGCAGAUCUAUCUUGGUAUCUGCUUUGGCUGUGGAGAGAAGUUUACUGACAAACGAGAGUUGGUGGAACAUAUGCACAGUCAGCAACAUAUCGACAGGUUUCCUGAUACAGCGGUAUGGGACCAACCACAGUAUUUUUUCCCAACCUAUGAGAAUGACAAUUUGUUAUGUCAACUGGAAGAUGAUGAUGACAUCACUGAGGGACUUGAAGGAAAGACCCAGGUCAUUGCCGAGGAGCUUCCUCCCAUCCCUACAAUACUAACCCAGGAAAGCAUCAGAAGAGACAUUCUGGCAGGAGAUGUCACCUGAUGUUAUUAUUGUUCAAAAUAAAGUAGCUUUGUUUUAGAAA